AUGGGUGCGGUUUCGGGCGCGUGCGCGACGCCGUGGGCGACGCGGCGGGCGGUGGUGCGACGACGCGCGCGGGUUGGACGAUGGAGGGGGGUCGUGCGCGCGUCUUUGGGCGUGUUGGCGGCGAAUGAGGACUGUGGACGGUUUACGCUGAGGAAUUGCGGCGACGGGUCGCAGUCGCACCUGGACGCGCCGGUGCCGGCGCCGGGUGAUCUGGAGAUCGUCGCGGUGAAGAGCGUGAUCGGGAGAGUGCAGAGUGAGGCGGUGAAUCUUGCGAUCGGGGUGCCCACGGUGAGCGGGGCGCACGCGAUGAUUGACCUGGUGAACGGGAAGGUGAUGGUGACAGAUUUGACGUCGACAAACGGGACGUUCAUCGAUGGAGAGGAGCUGUUACCAGGCGUCCCGACGCAACUCAUGGUGGGGGGUGAGGUGAUAUUCGGCGAUGAAUUUCUCGCUCGAUACGAAUUAGUCGAGACGUUGGACGAAGAGUCAGAGUGA